AUGGCGCGUUUGACAAGUUUGCAUCGAUCUUCAAGCUCCAGCUCCGAGUGGGACGCCGACGCCGAGCAAGCUAAGCUCAUCUGGCGAAUGUACAUGGUGACUGCAGCUAAUUAUUUGGACAGCAUGGUCAAUCCUAUAGAAUCCCAACGCAGCCGGGGUGCUCGAUGGUUUGUUCCAUUCGGCCUGGUCUUGAUCCCUCUCUGGGUGAGCCUGGUCAAUAAGGCCGUUCCGGAACCCUAUCUGGACGAAGUCUUUCAUGUCCCUCAAGCACAGGCAUACUGGGCGCAUAAGUGGUCGCAAUGGGAUCCAAAGCUUACAACACCGCCAGGCCUGUAUCUGUGCUCAUACAUUCUCUUCUCCGUUGUGUUGCUCUUACGCGGCUCCCCGACAAAGCUCACUCCGGAUGUUCUGCGCAUGACGAACGUUGGUGCGACAUCGGUUAUUUUCCCCUGGAGGCUACAAAAGCUAUCUGAUACGAUACACAGAACGAUGAAUACACGACCAGUGGGAGCGAACUUGAACCAUACCGUGUUGAACAUCUGCUUGUUCCCUCCGUUGUUCUUCUUUUCUGGUCUGUACUACACCGAUAUCCUUGCUUUGCUCGUCGUCGUGGAGACAUACAAUUGGGACCUGAAGAGGGACGCAGAAAGAGACCCGGAAGCAGCACCCCGCAAUCGUAUCUGGGAGACACUGGGAUUUUUGGCCUUCGCCCUGGCUGCUCUUGUCUGUCGGCAGACCAAUAUCUUCUGGGUGUCGGUUUUCCUCGGUGGACUCCAAGUUGUCCGCAAAAUCCGAAAGUCCGCCACGCCUUGCCAGUCCUCUAAAGUGUUGACUAUUGUGAAGCAAAGUCAACAGAAUGAGGUCUACGAUCCCCUCGUUUCGGAAGCUUCCUUGGAAGACUAUUAUAAGACGGCUAUCUCACUUGCAGCUGUUGGCUUGCGAAAGCCCCUUACCAUCCUAGUCUCUGUCGUCCCUCACCUCAUUGUCCUUGGGGUAUUUGGCGCGUUUGUACUCUGGAACAACGGCGUUGUCCUAGGCCACAAAGAAUUUCAUAGUGCGGGUAUUCACCUGGCUCAGAUGCUCUACAUCUGGCCGUAUUUCGCCUUCUUCUCGUGGCCACUUUUUGUCAUUCCUUUGGUCAACAUCCUCGCCUUCAAGCCACUUCCCAAAUCUCUGGACCUAGGCCUCCCACCGAAGCAAAGGAAUUACCCGAAACUCAAGGCGGCUCUGAUUGUCAUCCCGCUCAUGCUUACCGUGGUACACUUCAACACCAUUGUGCACCCCUUCACUCUUGCUGAUAACCGGCACUACGUGUUCUAUGUGUUCCGCAUUCUUUUGUGUCACCCAGCAGUCAAGUAUGCUGCAGUCCCGAUCUAUUUCAUCUGUGGAUGGGUCGUGCUAUCCGCCUUUGGAUUCACCACGUUACAACGCCCGCCGAAAACACUACGCGUGCAGCAGUCGGCUCCAGCAGCACCCCCAGCUCCGGCACCAGCCCCCGCUGCCAAAGAGUCUAAUACCACUUCGUCUCCCGCGCGCAAGCCUGCGCAAGCACAUCAGCAGCCACCGAAGGGAGCGAAAAGGCCCAACCGACCCAAUCGCAAGAACGACAAGAAGGUCGAAAAAACCGAAAAGACUGCGCCCGUCUCAGAUCCACACGGCCCUGAGGUUCUGGCUAAAGUCCAGCAGCACAUUCUGACGCGGCAGAAAGAAUUGCCGGAACCACCGCGCGCUAGCUUCGUUCUUAUUUGGCUGGCCGCUACUGCGCUUUCUCUCAUCACAGCACCGCUCGUCGAGCCUCGCUAUUUCAUUAUUCCGUGGGUCAUGUGGCGUGUGCAUCUUCCUCCUUUGCCAUGCCUGUUGAGGGAUCGCGAAACGAGACCCCGGACCGAGGAAGCUAAGCGUCGUGCUGACUUUAUCAUCAAUGCCCCCAAAUUUGUGGAGACGGCUUGGUUCUUGAUCAUUAAUUUGAUAACCGGUUAUGUCUUCCUGUACAAAGGCUUUGAGUGGCCCCAGGAGCCCGGUAAGGUCCAGCGAUUUAUGUGGUGA